AUGGCGGGAAAAAUGUUCCAAGCUUUGGUGAUCGUCUGCGCGACCAUCCUAAUGUGGACUACUUAUUCUAACGGUUCGUCAACCAUCAUUGUUGGUGGUGUCUUCGACAGAAUCCGUGACUUUGGCUUUGAGCGCGGAAUAAUCUCUCAUAACACCCAGAAGAACAAGACGAGUGCGUUCCAGUUCAUGGCUUAUGUGUACCCGGCUCUCCUUGAGGAUACCUUCAAUGUCACGAGAAGGCUCUGCACACUCUACGCCCAGAACACCCUCAUCACCGGAGGUCAUUCCAAACAGGUCUGCCUUCCGACCUUCCAGUCCUACGCCAACUAUUUCCUCAUCCCCUACGUGACGGUCAGCCAGUCCAAGUCGGACAUGGGACUGACCAUCGGUCCCAGUGACUACCUGGUGUCCAUGAUGCCGUCUCUGGUCCCACCCGUAGAGGACUGUGUCAAGUACUUCAAGUGGGAAAAGUUUGCUUACGUCUACAGUUCAGCUGAAGAGGUCCUUGUCACCAAUGUAUUCUAA